UAAAUACUUUCAGAUUGCCUUGACAGCUUUGGCAGCCUUCCCAAUCGCUUGGAUCCAGGCAGACUGUGAUGUAUGCCAAACGAAUGGAGCCUCCUGCAUCAACCAGACCGCGUAAACUUGUGCUUCGGCGGCACAGAGCCGAAUACCAACCAGACCUUUGUCUGCACGGAUGGCCUGGUGUGCACGGACCAGCCCGUGAUCUGCUUCCAGAGGAGCGAAACUCCAGCCAGCUGUGGCGAUACGGAUAGCUGUGGCCAGUGUGCUCCAAAUUACACAUUCGCCUGCACCUCGCGCUCAACAUUCGCCUUCUGCUUUGGCGCCACAACGCCCACAAAUGUGACGGGAAGCUGCCCGGAUGGUUACUUCUGCGACGCAUCCACCCAGGAGAUCUGCGUCACCACGGCCACCGAUGACUCCAUCAUCUGCCACUUGACUUAACUUUGGUAUUUAUAUAGUGUACCAAGCAUAUAAAU